AUGUCUGGCAGAGGGUUGGUUCUCAUUACCGGCCUGAAUGGUUUCAUCGCUGGACGGACAACCGAAGCCCUUCUGCAAGCCGGACACUCGGUUCGUGGCACCGUUCGAUCUAAGGCAUCGGCUCAAGCAACCGUCGAAGCACUUGCCCAGUAUGGCGAUCGCCUCGAGGUCAUCGAGGUUCCUGACAUAGCCGUUGCGGGUGCGUUCGACAAGGCGGUCGAGGGUGUUGGCGGCAUCAUUCACUUGGCGCAGCCGGUGACUUUCAACUUUCCCGAUCCAGGCGCCGUUCUGGAGUUAGUCAGAGGGGCUACGAGAGGGAUUCUGGAGUCGGCAAGCAAGGUGUCAACCAUCAAGAGCGUGGUGUUGUUGUCGUCUAUUGUUGCUGUGGUCUCCCAGAAGGAGGGCCCAUACAUCUUCACCGAGGAAGAUUGGAACGAAGGGGCAAUAGAGGCGGCGGCGCAUCUGGGCGAGAAGGCACCUGGGCUGCUCAUUUACCAGGCGAGUAAGACAGCUGGCGAGAGGGCGUUCUGGAAGUUCCGAGAUGAGAAAAAGCCUUCUUUCGCAAUGGCGGCCGUCAACCCUGUCUUGGUGAGCGGGCCGCCUCUCACGGCGCCGGAGUCUGCGGAUAAGAUCCCGGGGUCCCUCAAGUACAUCUGGAGCAUCAUGUCCGGCGGGGCACUCAGCGGACCAUCGGGCGUCGUGAACUUCGCAUGGUUUGUGGAUGUCAGGGACGUCGCUAAGUUGGUCGCCUACAUCGUGGACCAUGCCGAUGAGGCAGACGGACAGAGAUACAUCUCAUCGACGGCGUGGGGCCCGUCUCAGGCCGCUGCGGAUAUUCUUCGCCCAGCAUAUCCGGAUUUGCCCAUCCAGGAGGGCCGGCCGGGAGAGGGGUAUUUGCCAGGAUUCAAGACGCCUGGGGAGAGGGACAUCGACGGGUCCAAGGCACUCCGCGCGGUCGGUCAGGAGUUUGUUCCGUAUGAUAAGUCGGUGUUGGACACGGCGGAAGUAUUCAAGACGCUGCUUCAGAAAUAG